AUGUCACGCUCGGCUCGGCCUCAGCAACAGAGUACAGAAUGGGGCCUUAACACUACCACUUACCUGACCAAGGCGGGUAGAAGCUCUACAGGGGCUGGCCCUCUUGACUCUUCGGCCUUUGACUAUGGGGGGAGGAUUAUUAACCAAGGGCCCCGCUACCGGUCCAUUUUUCCCUCUCUCUUCAAUCUUGGCUUUAGACUGUAUAAGUUCGACCCGAGACAGCUCGAAGAGUUUGAAGAUUUUGAACUUCCACCACGCAUCACCACCUCAUCCUCGCUUAACCACUUGCAGCAGUUCGUCCCAGAACGCUCCCGCGGCACAAACACAUAUACACACACUCACACUCCCACAUCCACAGCCGACCAAGCCAUGGCAACAACGGCUCUCUCUGGCGCCGCUUUCGGCGCAGCCUUGGUAGCGGCGGGCGUCUACCAACCCUCAGUCAUCAUCGCCCAGCUCAAGUUCGAGAACUGGCACAUGAUCCAGGCCUUCCUCGCAGCCGCAGCAAGCAGCACCGUCUUCGUCCUCGUACUAGACCAGGCGGGCUACGUCCGCCCCAAGCCCCGCAGCCCCUCGCGUCUAGGUCUCUUCUCCCAGUACGACGGCAAUAUCCUCGGCGGCUCCAUCCUCGGCGCCGGCAUGGCCAUCUCCGGCUCCUGCCCCGGCACCGUCCUCGCCCAGAUCGCCGUCGGCACCAAAUCCGGCGUCUACGUCCUUGGUGGCGCCGUCCUCGCCGGCAUCAUGUGGACCGGCUUCCUCCAGAAACUUCUUACGAGCAACGCCAGCUCGGCACCGCCCGAGAACCCCAAGCUCACCGUCCACGAGCGCGUCGGUCUCAGCAGAGCCGUCGCCUUCGUUGGCGUGGAAGCCCUUUUCGCGGGCAUCAUCUACGCCAGCAUGAAGUAUACUCCCGCCAGUCCCUACGCCGUCGUCGCUCCCACCAUCGGCGGACUCCUGAUCGGUCUGGCACAGCUUUUUUCACUGCUCUCCCGCAAGUCCAUGCUCGGUGUGUCGACUUCCUACGACGAGAUUGGACGGUACUUCUGGUGGGCGGUCCAGGGUGGCGGCGAAAAGGGGAAGCCAUCGUAUAGCAACAUUCUCUUCUCUGCGAGCUUGGCUGCCGGCGCGUGGGCUGUCGCGACGACAUACCCCGAGUUUGCCCUGGGUGCUGCUGAUACGGCUGUCUCGCCACAGCUGGCGGUAGUAGGAGGUUUCCUUAUUGGCCUGGGAUCGAGAAUCGGUGGAGGUUGUACUUCCGGACACGGACUCAGCGGCAUUUCUCUGUUCUCCACUGCCAGCUUCAUCACAGUUGCCUCUAUGUUCGGCGCUGGCGCCCUUGUCGCAUCUUACCUCUGA